AUGUCGAACCCAGGCCAAUUCCUCGCGGGAAAGCGCAUUAUUGUUGCCGGUGGAAGUUUCGCAGCAUUAUCCUUCGCGAUCGCUUUAGAUCAGUUAUGGAACCCCUCACUUCAGCUUCCAGAAAUCACAUUGUAUGAGCGGGAUGAUCGCAACAAGUCAAUCGAAAAAGACCCCUACAUGUUAAACAUCAACGGAGCGAGCCGCGACGACGGACUGGUCGCCAUUCAACAACUCGGCUUACUAGAUGAGCUUCGAAACCAUGCGACUUUAAACGGCGGUGAUAUUAAAGUCUGGUCUGACAACUGGAAGUGGCUCUCGUCCAUCAACCCAACUGCAUACGGCAACCUCCCCGCCGCCACGAUGCGCAUCACACGCGCCAACCUAAAGCGCAUCCUCAUUGAAAAAGCUGAGAAAACCAAGACAAGAUUGAUCUGGGGAUUAGCCUGCAAAUCAGCCGAAAGGCUGCCCAGCGGAGAGAUCAGGGUCACGCUUUCGAAUGGCACAACGCAAGACUGCGACCUCCUCGUCGCGGCAGAUGGCGCCAACAGCGACAUACGAGCUUGUUUCCGACCCAAUGACAUGAAGGCCGAAUACGCUGGCGCAACCCAGAUCGGUGGAAUCUCUCAUCUCCCAACCGGAGUGCCCAAGCCGAUCGACGAGAAUUACGGGCUGCAAAUGUCCUCCGGCGAGGGCGUCUGUUGUAUCUACAACCCCUUCGACAAAGAACGAGUAGCCUGGGCAGUAAGCACGGUCGGACCCGAACGUGAACCCAAAACUGAGUUCACGACUGAAGAGUUUUCAGCACUGAAGCAAGAAGCACUUAAGACAGCAUGCAUGUUCCAAGAACCCUUCAAAACAGUGGUUGAGGCCACACUCCCUGAUACCGCAUUUAUCCGACCGGCCAAGGAGAAGUUCGCUUUUCCACACGAUGCCCGUCUGAAGGGCGUCAUCUUCAUAGGAGACGCGAAUCAUAUUCUCAGCCCCUUUGAGUAUGUGGGAGCUAAUUUGGGGCUGAAGGAUGGGUGGGAUUUAGCGGAGCAGAUUUGUCGGAAUACGUCAAUGGCUGCGGCGGUUGCUGCUUAUGAUCGGAUAAGCAUUGCUCGGUUCGAGCCUGUUUUCAAUUUUUCGCACGAGCGGAUUGGGUUUGGUCAUUGUACUGGGAAGAAAUGGACGUUUUAUAAGUAUGGGAUGGCUGCUCAGAGGGCGUUUAAGCAGGUUCAUUAA